CUCCCAGAUCCGCCGAACACCAUGCAGCUUGCUGUAUCCAUUGCCGUGAUUCUGGUGGCUUUAUCUGUUGUGACUGAUUCCGCUGAGGUUUCUGUGUCGGAACCCUCUGUGUCUCAGAAGUUUGAGAGGUUCCAGGAAGAAUUACAGACUUUCGUUGAUGACGUUGGACAGAAAGCCAGGGUGGCCCUCCACGACCUGCACAACAGUGAACUCGUCAACAAGACCAGGAACUGGUUCUCCGAAAACUUCCGUAAGAUGAAGGAAAAAUUCAGGACAGCCUUUUCCACUGGGGAAACUGACUGAAGGUGCUCUUCUGAACUGA